AAUGUUUUCAUCCGAGCUGGACGUGUUUUCGGUGCUCCGCUUAAAGUAACAAAAAGUGCCCAAAUCGCCGGGAGAACAUGUUACAUUAACGCCGAUACGGUUUCUGCAUAGCAAACGGAUACUACGCUAUAUAAUUCGCAAUCCAAAUCGGUGUACAGAGCGAACGCGCGAAACAAAAUCAACGCCUGUAAAAAUCGAAGCCAAAUCGAAACAAUAACAAAUGGGCUACAGUGCUUACCAAAUAAUCAAAGUUUAACACCGACCGAAACAAAAACCGGUGAAAAGUUAGCAAAGUGAUCGAAAAAGAUCUGAAAAGGUCAUAAAAAGAAGAAAGUUAAUGGUUUAGUGUGUGCGUUUGGUUGAUAAAUCGGUAAAAAUCGUUUCUUUUGUUUUUGUUGUGGUCUCCAUUCGCAGAGCUUAUGCAAAUGUGCUGCUCUGCGCUGCUUGUGGCAACAAAUUGCACUCGAAGCUGAGGCUUUUAUGAAUGCUACUGGGUCGGAGUGGGAGUCUGAGUCCGGAGAGGCAUCUGGAGGAGAACAGGGGCGGGAGCAUCAAUCGAAAUGGUCUUCAGCUAUGCGUGCAUGGUGCUCCAGCGCAUCGUGGUGCCAGCGGUCCUGGUACUCGCUGCGCUGAUGCGACCAGUGGGCAUAUCCUUUGUGUACCUGCUGAUGUUCUUCAUAUCGCCCUUUGUACCGCUGGCCACAAGACGCAACUUCAAAGGAUCUGUGACCGCCUUCUUCAUCAUCCUGCUGGCGUUGAGUACUCUAGUGCUCUUGGGUCACAUAACGCUCCAGAUUCUAGCAGUAAGCCUCACGCUGCCAAUCUACAACUGUUCGUUCAGUGAGCGAUUGCUUAGGCACAUUGGCUUCGUGAGCUUUAUCGAUCUACAGCCAUUUGCCAUUAUUGAGUGGCUGGUGCCCGAAGUGUUGGUUUUCGCCACUUCUUUAGGAUCAUAUCUCACUGUAAAGCGAGUGGCUUCUCAGCCCGUUGGCGUCGAGCAGCUGGAAAAUGGCGAAGUGGUGGAUGGUCAGGCGGAAAACGCCCAACCUAAUCAGCCACCUGCCGCAGAUGCCAAUGGUGGAGAUGUGCAACAGGCCACGGCCACCACGCCACUGCAGCAGCAGCAGCAGCAGCUGAGGAAGCGCGUCUCCAUGAUCAGCCAGCACAUCCACUUCGAGGGAUUGAUCAAGAUCGCUCCUCUGUUCUGCCUGGCCACGCUGUUCUUCGCGGCGGUGCUGCGUCCCUCGGUGCCGGGUGGAUUCUACUUUCUCAUCUUCCUGCUGGCCGGCACCUACUGGGCAACCUGCCAGACGCUGCAACGGGGCUUCGCGUUGUUGCUGCGCUGCGUGAUGGUCGUCCUCGUGCUGCACUCCCUGUCCAUUGUGUCCUACCAGACGCCCUGGAUGCAGAGCCACCUCAAUCACACCACCCUGACAGCUCGCUUGAUUGGACUGGAGCCGCUCAUUGAAUCCUAUUGCUCGCCGGAUAUUCGAGUCUUUCUGUACAAUAAUAAGCUGUCCCUGGACUCGUACCUCAAUCCGUUUGCCCUGUUCUUUGCCUACUUCGCUCUGGCCCUGACUACCAAGCAUCUCAUUAAGCCACGGUUGGUGCGACAGAGCACGCGAAAAGCUAGAACACCCCAACCGGUGGAGAGUGGAUCCUCGGUGGCGCCCAGUGCGAUUCAGCGGGGCAAUGACAUCCAGAUGGACUCCAUGGAACAGCGAUCGGAGCAGGAGAACACCACCACCUCGAUUCUGGAUCAGAUAUCGUAUGGUUUCGUCAGCGUCGGAGGUUUCAUCUAUCAGAACAGUUAUAUAUUCACAAAUAUUCUGAUGAUGGCUUGGUCCAUAGUCUAUCACAGUUGGCUGACUUUUAUCCUGCUGCUUUGGGCCAAUGUGCUUUGGAUGAUUCCCAAUCAGCGGAAGGCCAUGAUGCGGUCUAGUCCGUUUAUUGUUCUCUAUGCUGAGGCACUUUUGGUGGCACAAUAUAUAUACGGCAUGGAUCUGAACAACAACGAACUUCCCACAAAGGUUUCCACGGCGGGCAUUAACCUUCAGCAAAUUGGCUUCGAGCGACCCAUCGAGAACCAAAUGCGUCCGUGUGUGCCGCUGAUCGUGAAGACGGCCUUUGUCUUGAUGUUUUGGGUGACAUCACGGCAGUUCUUCAAGGAGAAACGCGAUCGGCGGAGGGACAGCACCCUGGCGGAUAUCAUUGCGCCACUGCAGAUCACCGUGGGAUCGGCUGGAUCGAGCUACCUCAUCAACGACGGCAAGAAGACCUCAAAGUUCCUAAAGAAGGCCGGCGAUGUGAUCAAGAAUCUGCUGGUUCGCCUGUGGAUCUGGCUACUGGUGCUGGUGAUUUUCCUCUGCGCAAUCACCGGCGAGAAUAUGACCGGAUUCCGCAUCUGCUACAUGGCCCUGUUCCUAUUCUUCUUGCUGGUCUUUCAAUCGUCGUCCAAGGCCUGGGUUAAGAUCAUGUACGGCUUCUGGCUGUUCCUGAUCUUCUACGCCAUGUCCAUACUCAUAUUGAUCUAUACAUAUCAAUUUGAUAAGUUCGAUACGUACUGGAAUGACUAUCUCAAUGUGUCCAAGACGCUGCAAAACGACAUUGGCCUUAAGCGCUAUCAGACGAAGGAUCUGUUCCUACACUUGGUCUCACCCACGAUAAUUGUGAUCCUGACUGUGAUUCAAGUGCACUACUUCCACAAGCGCUUCAUCGCCUCGUUGCAACAGCAACCGGCGACUGGCGGUUCGGUACAGCAGAAGCCCACGGAGACAACUGCCUUGGAACCGGCGCCAUCGAAGCGUCGUGGUAGCGCCGCUUCACUGCGUCGAUCCCAGGGUCCCUCGGCGGAGGCUGCACCCGGAGCCACCACCGAUUUCGAGACAUCUGUGCGGGAUUUGGUGCGAAUUUCGUUCCGCAAAAUCAAGAACAAAUCGGAAUACAUCUUCAAGAACUUCAAGGACGUCUUCUGGCGCUUCCUGGAGCUGCACAUCAUGAAGGCGGUUUACAUUGCAGCCUUCAUCUGCAGCGUCAGCGAAGUCUGCGUCCUGCACAUUGUCUUCGUGGGCUUCUGUGUGCUGGGCGCCACAUCGCGCAAGGCCAUCCAGGUGGUGAUCAGCCGGCUCAUCUCGUUCAUUGUUACCAUUAUAGUGCUUUCGAAAAUGAUUUAUCAGAUUGAGUACCUUAGUCACUCGCAGUACAAUGUGGUUUGUUCGGACAAUCGGACAGCCAACAAUGCCGAAUGGAUUGGCUUGACCAAAGCCGAUAAAGUAACCGGCGGACUGAUGAGUCUGCUGCGCACCUACAUCAUCUACAUGGUUAUUGUGACCAUGCAUGCAGUGAUUACCCUACGCCAGCUUCAAAUGCGGGUCAAGAUUGGUGCCUUGAAUGCCCCACCCACCAAGCUGUUGUUCCCCCAUAUUAUUCGAGCUGAUGCCGAAAAGGAUUUGGUUGGACUGGUCAAGUACCUCCUCAACUUUGGCUUCUACAAGUUUGGCAUUGAGAUAUCGCUGAUAGCUUUGGUAUCCACCAUCACAUAUCGCCAGGAUAUUGUGGCUGUGGCCUAUGCUCUUUGGUUGGUGGUGCUCCUGCUUCUCAGAAGAUCACAGUGUGCCAAAAUCUGGGGCAUUUUCCAGGUGUUCUUUGCCAUCUCCAUAUUGACGCAGUACAUUGUGCUGGUUGGUUUGCCGCCAAGUUCGUGUUUGGUUUAUCCUUGGGAUGAGGGUCCCUUUGGAGAGGGUAUUCAACGCUGGACAAUGCUGCCGGGAGCUCUGCACUUCAACCACGUGCCCAAGCUGAUCUUCGACUUCAUUGUCUUGAUCAUCCUCAAUCGCCAGAAGAGCAUUUUCUGCAUUGAACAGCGUUAUGCGAGCAAUGAUGAUUAUCCUGGGGGCAGCAACCGCAGUGUGAUCGCGGAUAUUGCCCAACUGGGUCGCGUUCCCUUCGACAAUCCCACCCACGAUUUCUGUUCCUACAUAAGAAACUACUCGGAUAUCCUGAAGAACGGAGUGCUGUGCGGCUUUUACUGGUUCACCUUGGCGGUGGUUUUCCUCGCAGGAACCAAUAUUGCGGAUCUGCUUGCGCUGGGUUACCUGAUCGGUGCCUUUAUAUUCCUGUGGCAGGGAUCUGACUUCUAUCUGCGACCCAUCCACACCAUAAUUUGCCGCUGGAAGUGGCUGCUGGCCUUCAAUGUGGCGAAUAUACUCAUCAAGACGACCUUCCAGAUGGCUGGUUGUUUGUUCAUGACGCAACUCACCACCGAUUGCUGUUGGCUGGUGCACAUGUUGGGCAUCACCUGCACGAGUAAUGCGCCCAAGGAGCAAAUAAUGCUGCCCGAGGACACUGUUUUGGUGCUUGCACCUGGCGAAUGUCCUAAGAUUACACAUCAGGUGGUCUUGUUGUGGGACACAAUAUGCUUUGCCUUCAUCAUCUUCCAGCUGCGCAUCUUCAAGUCGCACUACUUCUGUCAUAUUAUCACGGAUACUAAAGCAAAUAAUAUCCUGGCCUCAAGAGGAGCCGACAUCAUUGAGAGCCUGCGGCAUAAGCAGAUUGCCCAUCGUCACGACCACGAAAAGCAGGUGCUGCACAAGAUUAAGCGGAAGAUGGAGCGCAUUCGUGCCACACAGCAGAAGAUGCUGCGACCCCUGGACAAACAGACCCACUUCGAUGGGCAACGCACGCCCACGGAGCAGGCCAUGUCGGAGGUGGCGCCUCUGGCCCACAACAUCAGCUUUACCUCCUGCCAGGGAUCUGGUUAUCUGACCCCCGAUGAGCACAGCUCCGCCAGCUCGGCCACUUCGUCGCCGGCGAGGGCUUCGAUCCUCUCCAGCAGUGGCAGCAGUGUGGAGAGCGUGGACAGUGCAGAUGCUGCUGUGAUUAUUGAACCGGAGAUUAAUGUGAUGCCCUGUGAGGAUAUGGCGGACUAUGUGGAUGUGCAGUCGGUCAGCGAGGAGGAAGCAACGGUGGCACUACCCAGAAAGCAAGUGGAACCAACAGAAAUCCAAGAAAAGGAUAGUGCAUUAAAGAGAAUGGAUCCCUCGAAAGCCACAACUCCCAGUACGGAUGCCUUGUCCACUCUCCUUACCGAGGGAUUUUUGGAACCGAAGAGGAUCUCCCUGGGAUUGGCUUCAUCCGAGCUCAGUGCACCGGUUGGCAUGCAAACCUUGGCUCCUCCUUUGGCUGCCUAUGCCACAGCCAUGGCUUCCAGUGCCCCCAGCUCAGUGCUGUCCACCAAUCUGACUCCGAAUCUUCGCCGGGAACAUCGCCACCAGUCGUCAACCAAUGCUGCUGUUUCCUGGAACGAAACAGUGUCCAUCAAGCGUUCACCCAUGAAAAAGCAAAUGUCGGCGGAUACGGAGGAGUUGGUGACCAUGCGCCACAAGCUGCUGCAUCGUCGUCACCAGAGCAUGGGCAAUGCCAGCUACUCCCUGGACGAUCCCUCCCAGUCGCAGCGGAAACGUCUGUCCAGUAAUUUAUCCGGAGCGAGGGACGAAACAGCUCUACGAUCCGCCCAGAGACCACAUAGCUGGGGACCCGUGGGUACGGCCUCCUACAUGGAGUCGCUGAUGUGCGCCUUCUACGAACCUACACUGCUGCAUGGACCAUCUACUCGUGCUGGUGAUUACUAUAUGUUCGAGGAGAUGGACGAUAAGUUUGAACUCGACUUGAUACACGAUGAGAUUGACUUCCUGGAGGAGGAGAACAUUACCGAAAGCGAAAUGAAGAUGCAGCGCCGCAAGACCCUCUACGAUGUGUGGAAGGAUCUGAACGAUGCCGAGUAUCGUCGGCACUUCUAUAUGCGCGAGCGUUCCUAUGCCUCAGAGCCGGGCUCUCGUAUUGCCCUGAAGUUGGACGACGAGAAGGACAAGGUGGCCCACGAACUGGGUCUGACCACCGACGACGAUGAGGACGACGAUACCAUCGAGUGCGAUCUGGGCAUGCGCACCUCAACGCUGUCAGAGCCACUCGACUUCGGUCGUCGCAGCCAAACGCUGCUCGAGGUUAAAUCCAAGGAUGCUCCCUCCGGUGAUUUCCCCUCCACCAGCAAGGGCAUCUCCAAGGAGAGGGAUGCGGCGGCCACGGCUUCCAGUUCGGCUAGUCCUGCACCCACACGGGAUGUGGCUGAUGUGCCAGUGAUACCACCACCUUCUACUGGCUUGGGACGCGAGGCCACCUCCAAGGAAACUUCAGAUAGCAAGUCCAAAAUGGAGGUUGACAGCGGCGAGGUGACGGCCAAGGAUUCGGAUGAGGACUUUGACACCAAUCCCAUUAUCAGACUGCUCGAGGGAUUCUUGGUUACGCUGACCAUAAGACUGAACCGCUUCUCGCGCAACUAUCGCUUUGUGAAUCGCAUUUUAGCCGGCGAGAAAAAGACUCUCAAGGAAUCCAGCUCGUUGAAUCGCUUGGGUCUGUCCAGUGCCGCUGCCAUGUUCCACUUCCUUAAGUCCAAUCUCGAGAGCGAUGAAAGUGAUCCGCCCGCCUCCUCAUCCACCCCGCGGCGGGUGGUGAUCGCACCAACGAAUGCCACCGAGCACACAGACCCCACCAGCACCACACUGAACACGAACACGACAACCACACCGCUCUCACCACAAGAACCACUGCAACCACCAACUUCGACCAGUACACCGCAGCAACAGCACGCUCGCGCUGCCGACGAAAUCAUCGAACUGCCUGUAGAUACUGUCGAUGCAGCUCCCCAUAGAAAACAAUCAAUCAAUUCAUCGCCGCCAGCCAAGGGCACGAUGCUCAGUCGAAAAUCGGACUGUGGCCUGCCUGAGAUCCGAAUUAAAGCGCCGUCCGUGGAGCGCGGUGCACAGUAUUACCAUAAUCACCACAGCGGUGGCGGUGGCUCAGGAUCCUUGAGCAAGCACUGGUCCUACGAACAGGUGGACAGCGCGGGUGAGUUUAAUCUGGAGGAGGAGAACUUCGCCCAGCGGGAUCAUCAUAUCAUUGUGGAGGUGCUGAUCUCCUCGUGGUAUGCUUUGUUGGCCAACACGGAUCUCAUUUGCUACAUUGUGGUGUUCAUCAAUCAGGUGGUCAAUGCCAGUCUCAUCUCGCUGCCGCUACCCAUCAUGGUAUUUUUGUGGGGCACCUUGUCCCUGCCACGUCCCACUAAAACCUUUUGGGUCACCCUGAUCGCCUACACCCAGGCCAUUGUCCUGAUCAAGUGCAUCUUCCAGUUCAAGCUGAUCUGGUCCAACUACCACCAACUGCCCAACCAACCGCUGGCCCCAGCUAAAAUCUUCGGUGUGGAGAACAAAGCCCAAUAUGCGAUUUAUGAUCUGAUUCUACUGCUGGUACUGUUCCUGCAUCGCUAUCUGCUUAAGUCGCAGGGCCUGUGGAAGUCGGGCUACAAGGACACGGAUAACCAAUUUACCAAACCCACCGCUAGCAUUGAUGAUCGCGAUGAUAGCGACAAUCUAUCGCAACCCGAUUCCCGCCAGCUUAACGACGAUGCUGCUCAGAAGAUGAGCCUCCAAGUCAGUCAGGCUUCUCUACCAGGAUCGCCUGAAUACAGCAAGAGUGGCAUCAAUCAGCUAGAACGGACCAAGUACACCUCGUCGCUGUACAAGUUCUUCUUUAGUCUUGUCCACAAAUCCCGCCUAGCCACAGAUGUUUAUGCCCUGAUGUUCCUCUGCGAUUUUGUAAACUUCUUUGUGCUGCUUUUUGGUUUCACUGCAUUUGGAACUCAACAAACGGAAAGCGAUGAGGGCGUUCAGACUUAUCUGGCGGAGAACAAAGUGCCCAUACCUUUCCUCAUCAUGUUACUGGUUCAGUUCCUGCUCAUCGUUAUAGAUCGAGCCUUGUAUCUGCGCAAAGCCCUGGUGAACAAGAUCAUCUUCCACUUCCUCUCGGUCAUUGGAAUACACAUCUGGAUGUUCUUCGUGGUGCCGGCUGUUACGGAGCGUACUUUCAAUUCCCUGGCACCGCCAAUCAUUUUCUACGUGAUCAAGUGUUUCUACAUGCUGCUCAGCUCCUAUCAAAUCAAGUCCGGUUAUCCCAAGCGCAUUCUGGGCAACUUCUUCACCAAGGGCUUCUCGAUGGUCAACAUGAUUGCAUUCAAGGUGUACAUGCAAAUUCCAUUCCUUUACGAGCUGCGAACGAUUUUGGAUUGGGUUUGCAUCGACAGCACAAUGACCAUCUUCGACUGGCUGAAAAUGGAGGACAUAUUCUCGAAUAUUUACCUGAUUCGCUGCACCCGGCAGUCGGAGACCGAUUUUCCCGCCAUGAGGGCCCAAAAGAAGGCCUCACUUUCCAAGCUGAUCAUGGGUGGCACCGUUGUCCUGCUGAUUGUGAUUUGUAUCUGGGGACCACUGUGCCUGUUUGCCCUCGGAAAUGCUGUGGGCACCUCCAACGUACCCUAUCAUGUGUCGCUGUCAAUACGAAUUGGACCCUAUGACCCGAUCUACACCACGAACAACUACGAUAGUAUAUUCGAAAUCAAUUCCGAGAUGUACUCCCAGAUGACUAAGGCAUACAUAAAUGAGAAACAGGCUCUAACCUUUAUUACCGGUUAUGAUGCAACGGAUGUGGCGGCGGUUAGACUAGCAGGAAACUCGCCAUCUCUUUGGAACAUAGCACCGCCAGAUAGGCAGCGGUUGUUAAAUGAUUUGAGAAAUAACCACACAUUAAAGGCGCGCUUUUCCUAUUCCCUCACGCGAAAGGCUCCGGCCAAGGGAUUAAAAGAAAAUGUGGGCGAUGAACAUGCCAUAUCCCUGGACGAAUCCUUCGAGGGACGUGCCGCUCUUAUCCAUAUGCUUAGCGAGACUCACGACGUGGAACCAAUUCACAGCAAUACCACUACAAAUGGAACCAUUCCCGAAGUUGAGGAAGUGGUAGUGAUACCGGGCAUGAUCCCCAAGUUCAUCAAGGUUCUCAAUUCGGGAGAUGCCGCUGUGGUUAGUGUGCUGAGCGAAAAGCACCACGAGUACCGUCCGCUGGUCAUCAAAAUGCAUCGAGACAACGAAACCAAUGGCUUGUGGUGGGAGAUUCGAGACUACUGCAACGAUUCCUUCUACAACGAAACGCUGUCAAAGUUUGCCUACAGCAAUUGCACUUCAGGCAUUGUGAUGUACACGUUCAACGACAAGAAGUUCCCAUCGACGUUCAGUUUCCUCACAGCCGGAGGCAUCAUUGGUUUAUACACCACCUUUGUGUUAUUGGCCUCACGUUUUAUGAAGUCAUUUAUUGGCGGUCAGAAUCGAAAGAUUAUGUUCGAAGAUCUGCCAUAUGUGGACAGAGUGCUGCAACUGUGUCUGGAUAUUUAUCUGGUACGCGAGGCUUUGGAGUUCGCCCUGGAGGAGGAUCUGUUUGCCAAAUUACUCUUCUUGUACAGAUCGCCUGAGACGCUAAUCAAGUGGACCCGUCCCAAGGAGGAGUACGUGGACGAUGACGGCGACACCGACUCGAUUCCCAGCCGAAUGAGUGUCCGCCGACCCGAGCAGCUGCAGCAGCAGCAACCACAAUAACAUAGGCUUAAUCCAAACGCUUAAGUAAGGUAGAGUUCGUUUACGUAUUUAGUACGUAUUGCGUUAUCCGUAGGUUUCAUAGUCUUUUUUAAACAUUUUUAUAUUCGAAGGAAGUGAACACAAAAGUACACAUCACCCAUUUAUACAGUCGUUCGAUCUUUUGUCAAAAGUACUGCCCCUGUGUGAAACUGUGUGCUUAGUCCUAAGUAAGCGAAAAGUGUUGCUAUUUGUUAGUUUAAACAUAUGAAAAUACUAGUGAAUUGUAAUUGCCUAAAACAUGCAAAACAUUUAUUUAAGUUUAUUCUAAAUAAGUGUAUAAAGCGAAGAUUAAGUACGGAAAUACUAAUAAUAAUAACGAUAAAACUCAUAUUCAGGGAAUCUAGCAUUUUACAGAAAACGUAAAUAUAACAACUAACCUAAAGCAACCGAGUUAUUAAUGAUAACUUUAGAGCCUAGAUAAUAAUCAUGUUUUAUAUUUAUACAAAAAAAAAAUAUCAUGUAAUAUUAACCAUAAUGUAAUGCUUCGAAUCGCAUACAUUUCUAUGCUAUUUGCCUGUGUGUGCCCUUUACAAAACUGAUUAAAGAUAUUAUGUAUAUGUUAUACUGUUUGUUAUAGAACUAAAUCAAUAUGUUGCAAAUAUAUAGAGCGUUGACUUUAGUUAUAGGCAUAUCACGUAACAUAUUUUUGUAUUGAAUGCAAAUAUCAUUUGCUUGAGCAACUAUUUUCUAGGCGAAUUCAUAUCAAAAUUAAAUACGUAUUUUGCUACAGUGCAACUAAGCUUAUAUCUCCCAUUUGCAAUCUCUUAAAUUAGUGAACGCCAACUAACUCUGUAUGUUCUACUUUAUAAAUAUCAAAUGAACUAAAAUGAAUAAAUGUAAAUUAUUAAUAAAUUUUUGUACCAAGAAACGAACAACCUUAAACGUGAAUACAUUAUGUAACUAUUUUUUAGCGUUUAAUUUUUCAAAGUAAGCUUAAUAUCUACAUGAAAUACUUACGAACUAAUAAAAGAAUCGAAAUUUAUUGUCAUAAA